AUCUAGCAUGAGCGAUGGCUAUAUGUGGUAUUAGAAGAUAUUAUGCCGAUGUUUUGUCACAGCUGCUGCCCCGGUCUUUGCCUAGGGCAAUAUGGAGCUCUGCUGGUACAGAUACUGCACCCAGGUCGCCUGACUACGGAUGGCACAGCAGUCGGCCACUCCAUCGAUAUCACUUCCGGUGAGCCGCAAGGGUCUAUGGGAAGGGUUAAUGAUGGCAGCUGGUGGUGGUAGAUCAGGAUCAGUGGGGCAGGACUGUGAUUUUCUCCUGCACCCGGAGCUGCUUUCCAGGGACUUCCUGCUGCUGUCACUGGAGCAGAAAAACAUUGUAGUCAACGAUGCUGUGAAUGACAAAGAGAAAUUAACAGAGAUCUUUGUCCAACAUGCUAUGCCCCUACCCCAAAGACAGUUACCCAAGAGCCGAUGGGGUAAACUGAUGGAGAAUAAGAAGGGAGUAAAGAAACUUGAAGAACCACACAAGAGGAGUGCUGAAAAUGUUAGAAAACGUCCUCUUAUAGUAUUUGAUGGGGCUUCCACCAGUACAAGUAUAAAGGUGAAAAAAACAGAAAAUGGAGACGCAGCUCAGCGGCUUCACCUGUCAUGCAUGGAAAAAGGCAGCACACCAGUAAGAUCAGGGGCAGUACCCACCAGUCCGGUGUCCAACCAUAAUAGUUCAACAGCCAGCAAAGAAACAAAGGUUCAAACAGGAAACCAAGAACAUUCAACGUCUGGGUCCAGUGCCGCAACAGUAAAAGUAAAAACACAACCGCCAGUCAGUGUUGUGAAAAUAAAAAGAGCUGCUCCGAAAGAGGACUCCGAUGUAACGAAUGAUGGGAAACCUUCAGAAGCAAAGAAGAAGAUCCAGCAUGUUACGUGGCCAUGAAGUUAGGCAUCUGACAGAUUUUGGGAUGUUCUAUAUUGAUGGUUACUACUGGAAUAUAGACACGAAGAUGUACGGACAUUGCCAACACUUUUUUACAAGUCGAGGACGUGUUAAUGCUGCAUGAAUUUGUUCAGUGUUUCUUAUCUUAGAAAGUUCUACCAGAACAAAAACUCUCACCUUGACACAGAUCACAUGUUCUUACAUUCAUAUACUAACUUAGUGCUGAGGACUAUCGUGCUGAGGAAGGCUAACACUGUCCUACAAGUGAUAGUAGUGUUUUCUUAGAAUUAUGAGUAGACAUUGUAUUAUUUUUAUAAUAUUAAAAUGUUUUGAAUUGCA